AUGGCACCUUCAGCACUUGACCCCGAGCCCAUCGUCGAGAAGUCGACAACUCCUACCCCACAAAUCGCACGUUUCGACGCGAACGACCCCACCACAACAGCGGAUGCACUGAUCGAAGUGCUGCACCGUGACGGAGGAGUCAUAGUUGAGAACCUUUUCAGCAAAGAUCUCGCCGCACAAAUUAAAUCCGAGCUCAAGCCUUAUUUCGACACAGAUCGCGUUGACAAGACCGGAUUCUUUCCAGAGACUACUCAGCGAGCGUCUGGGCUCAUCAGUAUCUCGGAGGGAUGUGUUGAGUACUUGACUACGCCGUUGUUGAUCGAUAUCGUGAACAAAGUCCUCAGCUCGACUUAUAGCUUUUGGGUUGGGGAGAAGAUCAGGACUGUGACUUCGAAGCCACAGAUCAGCUCCACGGCGGCCUUUAGAGUGAAGCCAGGCGGCAGACAGCAGGCUUUGCAUAGAGAUGAUGCCGACUUACACACCCGAAAUGUCGACUUUCCAGUCCUCCUGGGCUGCGUUGCUGCCAUCACAAAAACGACCAAGGAGAAUGGUGCGACAGUAGUAAUCCCUGGAAGCCAUACCUGGGGCCCAGAACGAGGGCCAAAGGAGCACGAAGCUGUCCCCGCUGAGCUUGAUAUUGGUGGCGCCCUGAUCUUCUUCGGCAACACGUAUCAUGCUGGUGGCAAGAACACAACCGCAUCUGACGCACCAUCCAGAGAUGAAGCUCGGGAGACAGUUGGUUUGUUCUUCACCAAGGGCUUCUAUCGUCAAUCUGAGAACCAGUAUCUCAUGGUACCGGUGGAAAAAGCGAGAGGAAUGUCGACACAAGUGAAGAGAUUGCUGGGAUACGGCAUCAGCCCACCUGGUGUUGGCUUUUAUGAGUACCAAGACCCGAUGCGUGUCCUCUAUGGAGUUGAGGACGAGGAGACUGUAGAGCUUUGA